AUGCGCAAGUCAAUCCUCUUUCUCGCCGGACUGGCGAGCAUAGUUACAGGUCUGCCAACCGAAGUCCAGGAGAUCCACGGCAGGCAGUCAGCGCCAACGGCUACCAUCAAAAAUGGUACAGUCGUGGGAACAAGUUCUGGCGGUAUCGAUUCAUUCUCUGGCAUUCCCUUCGCGCAACCACCAGUUGGCAAUCUUCGACUUCGGCCACCACAGUCUCUGACCCAAGGGUUUCCUGGAGGUACAUUUGAUGCGUCCAAGUCUGCAGCAGCAUGCCCGCAGUUUGCCUUUCAAGUGGACAACUUGGACUUGAGUGAUCUGCCCAAUAGCGUUGUUGGCGAUAUCAUUGGAGAGCUGGUCCAAAGUCCCAUUGCUCAGGUCGCGAUCAAUCAGAAAGAGGAUUGUCUCAGCAUCACCGUGCAACGUCCUGCUGGAACGACGGCGAAUUCGAAGCUUCCUGUGAUCUUUUGGAUCUAUGGCGGUGGCUUUGAAGCAGGGUGGUCAGCGAUGUACGAUGGAUCGAAUUUCAUCAAGUCGAGCGUCAAUCUGGGCAAACCGGUCGUCUACGUGGCUGUCAACUAUCGGUAUUGGGUCCAGGAGAACAUUGCUGCCUUCGGAGGAGAUCCUAGCAAGGUGACUAUCUGGGGCGAGAGCGCCGGGUCUAUCUCAGUCUUUGAUCACACGGUCAUUAAUGGCGGAGACAACACGUACAAUGGGAAGCCGUGGUUUCGCGCGGCUAUCAUGAACUCCGGCUCUGUCAUCCCGGCAACAGAUGUUUCGACCCCCAAGCCUCAAGCGAUAUACGACAAGGUCGUUGCGAGCAGCCCAUGUGCUGGUAGUGCGAAUACUGUCAGCUGUCUUCGUGGCUUGGACUAUGCUACGUUCUUGCGUGCCGUCAGUUCCGUCCCAGGCAUCUUCAGCUACCGAUCAGUGGAUCUCUCCUACCUUCCCCGACCGGAUCCGGGUGAUAGCUUCUUUUCUGAAAGCCCUGAAGUUUCCCUACAAGCUUCACGAUAUGCCAAAGUUCCGACCAUUGUUGGAGACCAAGAGGACGAAGGGACGCUUUUCUCCCUCGUCCAGUCGAACAUCACCACGAAUGACGAUCUGGUCAACUACGUCGCAUCGUACUUCCCAGCUGAUCCUAACAAUGUAGAGAAUGCACGGAAUCUUGCUGCACAGUACUCAAACAUAGUUGUUGCUGGCCAACCAGCUGGGAGCCCGUUCAGGACAGGCGGCUUGAACAACAUCUACCCGCAGUUCAAGAGGCUGGCUGCCAUUCUUGGAGAUCUUACCUUCACUCUCACUCGUCGUAGCUAUUUGAACUUCAUCACGAAUGACGGUGUACCGGCGUGGAGCUAUCUGUCCACCUUCGCCUACGGAACUCCGAUUCUGGGCACAUUCCAUGCUACGGAUGUGAUCUACUCGUUCUUCACUCCGUCAAACACCACCGUUCCAACCAGGUCGUUUCAUACCUACUACAUCAACCUCAUUUAUGACCUCGAUCCGAACUCUGCGAAUCUUGCUGGUCCAGUGAUUCAAUGGCCGCGUUGGAGCAACUCGACUCCUUCGCUCUUGAAUUUCGGGUUGGGGAGCAACAGUGUUAUGCUGGACAAUUUCCGCCAAGCUGCAUACAAUUAUGUACAGCCGAGGAUCAAUCAAUUCCGGGUUUGA